AUGUCUUACUUUACCAAAAAAAUUGCUGAUUGGAGUAAUCCUAAACAAAAAAUGUACUUGACACCUUUGUCUUGUUCACCCGAUUCUGAUUCUUCCAAUUCUUCCACAGAUUCAAUCAAUGCCAAAAAACAACUUUUCGAACUCCCCGCCAACAAUUCUACCCCUACUUCAAACAAAAAAUCAUCAAAAUCAUCAAAACACAACAAUUCAGCUAAACUCUCAACUGCUUUUGACAACGUCGAACAAAAAUCUUUGACUGGUAGACUUAAUGUAAACAUUGUUGAAGGUCGUAAACUCAACGUUAGUAAUUUUCAAUCCAGACCUUAUUGCGUGGUUGAAUUCGAUCGUGAUCAAUUUGUAACUCGUGAAGCAAUUAGAGAUAGUGACCUUCCAAUUCAACGUGGUGGAAAACCCGUAGAUUUCUUGGAUUUGGUUCGUGCUGCUAGAUGUCCAAUAUGGAAACAAAAAGUUACCUUUGAUGUCGCGCGUCUUGAUAGCGAACUUCAAGUUUCUGUUUAUGAACGUGUUCAUCAUUUGGAUAAUGCUCAAACUGAAGUUUUCCUUGGAACAUUAAAAAUUCAACCUCCAAAAAAACCAAAUCAGCCAAUUGACGGUAAAGAAUCAGUUACCGGUGAAUUGCAUAAAUCAAAUCUUAAACCAGGAUCUUUUGAAAUUCUUAAAUUGAUUGGCAAAGGAAACUUUGGAAAAGUAUUUCAAGUUCGUAAAAAAGACACAAAUCGUAUUUAUGCAAUGAAAGUUCUUCACAAACAAGAUUUGAUCGAGCGUAGAGAAGUUGAACACACAUUAGCUGAAAAAAAUAUUCUUAUCAGAGCCGAAUCUUGUCCAUUCUUGGUUGGUUUGAAAUUUUCUUUCCAAACUCGUACUCAUCUCUACUUGGUCACUGAUUUCAUGAACGGUGGUGAAUUGUUUUGGCAUUUACAAAAUGAAGUAAGACUCAGUGAAGAAAGGGCUAAAUUCUAUGCUGCUGAAAUUGUUUUGGCUUUAGAACAUUUACAUAAAUAUAACAUCGUCUAUAGAGAUCUUAAACCAGAAAAUAUACUACUUGAUGCUACUGGUCAUAUAGCUCUUUGUGAUUUUGGUCUUUGUAAAGAAAAUUUAGCUACUGGACAAACAACAAAUACAUUUUGUGGCACAUCAGAAUAUCUUGCUCCUGAAGUAUUAGCUGAAUGCGGUUAUGGUAAAUCUGUUGACUGGUGGAGCUUAGGAAUAUUGUUCUAUGAGAUGAUUGCCGGCUUCAGUCCUUUCUACACCAAUGACACCCAAUUAAUGUAUCGUAGAAUAUUGUUUGGUAAACUCAAAUUUCCAAAAGGUUUUUUCAGUGAUGAUGCCAAAAGUUUAAUCAAAGGCCUCCUUGCACGUAAUCCUCACAACAGACUCGGAUCAAACGGUGAUGCAGAAGACUUGAAACGUCAUCCAUUUUUCGCCAAUGUAGAUUGGAAUGCAUUAUAUAAUAAACAAGUACCACCACCAUUUAAACCAAAUGUCACCUCAGAAGAUGAUACUUCAUGCUUUGAUCCUGCAUUCACAGAAGAACAAAUUGAUUAUUGGCCAUCUCUAACCAAGAACAUAAGUAGAAAUGGUACAAAUGCUUCUAUAGCCAGUGAAUUAAAUGACACCUUUGUUGGUUUCACUUAUUCAGGAGAACCAACCACUACAUUAAAUAUUGGUGGAUGUUGUGGCCUUCAAGUUAACAAUACCGUUGCAUCCAUUUCUCCAGUACAGGUUAUUGGAGGAGUUGUGAUAAUCAUAACUGUCUACAUUCGACGUAAAUUUGUUAAACCACCACCAGAGUUUAAAGAUAUACCGACUAUAUCGCCUAUCCAAUUAAUAAAAACUUUGAUAUCAGGCCGACCUCAUGAUGAAGUACAAAAGAUUUGGUAUGUUGUGAGAUGGGGAAUUCAUAUUUCAAAAUUGGAAUAUGUUAAAGAAUUUUUAACUGAACCAAUUGACAAUGUGCCAAAAAUUACUUAUUCUCCUGAUAGUGCAGUUUCAAAAUUCUUAGGAACAUGGAAAGUACAUCGCAACAUAUCCGCAAAAGCUUUUAACAAAGCACUUUCGCCAAAAAUAAUUGGAGAAUGUGGAAUUGAUAGUGUUAAAUUGAUCGAGAAAUGGGAGAAUACACCAAUGGAUACGUUUCUAUUGAUGCAAAGAAUUACUUUACAAGCGUUGGGUAAAGUGGCAUUUGGAUAUGAUUUUCAAUGUUUAAAAAAUUGGGAAGAACAACCGGAAUUUAUAGAAACUUACCAUAGUAUAAUGAAUCAUGUUAUGGCACCAAGAACCUUUUUCUUUCCAUUUCUUGACAAAUUACCAUUAAAUUCAAAUAUUAGAUACAGAAUGUUAAAAGCUGCAGAAAAUGAAGAUUAUACAUGGUCGGCAAGAUCUUUAAGAGAUGAAAUAGUGAUUUUAUUUGUUGCUGGACACGAUACCACUGCACAUUCAUUAAGCGUUGUUUUUUAUUACCUGGGAAGAUAUUUGGAUAUUCAAGAAAAAGCUAGAGAAGAAGUGGUUAGAAUAAUUGGUAAAGAUUUAGUAAUUCCAACUUCAGAUCAAUUAAAGGAAUUAAAAUAUGUAAACGCAAUAAUAAAAGAAGCAUUAAGGUUAUAUCCCUCAUUAACAACCGCGCCACCAAGAAUAAUUCAACGUGAUUUUCAAUUUGAUAAUUUUCUAAUACCAAAGGGUACUUAUCUGCAAGUGAAUUACUGGCAAAUCCAUCACAAUCCAGAAAUUUAUCCGCGACCAUAUGAAUUUAUACCAGAACGUUGGUUGGAUAAUCAUCCAAUGAGUUUGAAUGCAAAUCAGGAAAAACGACAUGCAUUUUCUUGGUUACCAUUUUCUGCUGGUCCAAGAAAUUGGUAA